AUGGCGCUGUUGGCCAGCGCUGGGCGCGUAUUGCUGAGCAGGGCGAGACCAGUGAGCGCCAGUCAGAUGCUCCAUGGCUCACACGGGCUGAGCCCUACCCAAAUGCCCCUCUUGCACUGGAAUACGCCCUGGUUUAAAGCUUUUCCAAGGAAUGUGCUGCGAAUCGCCGCACCGAGACGCAACUGGAAACGUCAAGAGCACGAGGCAAAAGAGGGAAUACUUGAAGCUGAAAAUCACCAUUUUCCUUCUGAAAUGAGUGCAGUAACAAUUACUGACUGGGUUACUGCAGUCAAGUCUCUAAGAGGAGAGCUGGGCUCGGAGGCGGCUGUGCAUUCGCCGUUGGGUCCGCAGAAGCAGACGAGGUGUAAAUCGACCUUCAGAACCAGCGAUGACUGCCUGACCCUGAGGUUUUUAUGGAGAAGAGAAGGAAAAUCUCACAAUACAUCCUCUGGAAGUGGAUCUUCCGAUGUCUACACACCAGAGAGGCAAAACAAAACUGUGUAUGAAGAGUUCGCCACUGCCAGCUGGAAAGGGAUACCCAGGGCAGCGGAGAGAGCAUUUACACCGCACCUUUUGGCUUCGCUUUGGUACACAGAGUGGAGAUUCCAGCAGCAACCCCCGAAACAGCAGCGCUGCCCCCACAGAGAGGGAAUAUUCUCCCUUCCGACGCUGGGUGGGGAUGUUGGCCAAGGAGCGGCGCGAUCCUCCAUCCGCCCCGGGUUUGUAGGCACAGCGAGACAAAAAAACCGUGGGAGCUGCUCGAGAAGGGCGGUGAGGCACGGACUAGGGCUGCUCGGGGUCUUCCAGACACCCUUACCCCUGGAUUCCUGGCAAAAGCCGCUCUGCUUUGGACGCUGCUUAAAAAUGCUGGGAGCCGCGGAGGAAGAUGGAUGGCUUUUCUGGAGAGUGAAGGCGUGUGGGAGACAGAUCGGAGACAGCAAGAGGCAAGUGAUCUUGUUUAUUCUAUGCGUUUGCGUGUGUCAGAGCGGGGCUGAAACCCUCCGCUACUCUCUGUCGGAGGAAAUGGAGAGGGACUCCUUUGUCGCCAACAUUGCAAAGGACUUGGGGGUUCCUCUGAGCCAGCUUGCUGCUCGCAAGGCCCGGGUUGUGUCCGAGGGGAACGAGCAGUUUUUCCGUCUCAAUCAAAACACCGGAGUCCUGACAGCAAAGGAGUCGCUGGAUCGAGAGGAGAUCUGUCCGCAGAGCGAAACCUGCACUCUCGUCUUUAAGAUAUUCUUUGAAAAUCCGUUGCAGCUGAUCCGAGGGGAGGUGGAGAUUCGUGACAUAAACGACAACUCCCCUGUGUUCCCGGAGAAGGAGAUGGUUUUAAAAAUUCUCGAAACAACACCUCCUGGGUCCCGUUUCCCCCUGGAAAGCGCCCAGGACAAGGACGUGGGCAGUAACGGUUUGCAGAACUACAGCCUCGAGUCCAAUCCUCAUUUCUCCCUCGCUAUCGGAACGGGGAAAGACGGAGGAAAAUACGCGGAGCUUGUUCUACAGAGUCAGCUGGAUCGGGAAGAGCAGGGGGAGCUGAAUUUAUUUCUCCCAUCACACACCGCCACAGACGGGGGCUCGCCACCAAGAUCGGGCACGGCUCAGGUCCGGAUCGUGGUGAUGGAUGUCAAUGACAAUAUCCCGAGCUUCGAGCGGGAGGUCUACGAGGCGCGUCUGGCUGAGAACAGCCCCCCGGAGCAGCUGGUGGUCAGAGUCACGGCCGCGGACCCUGACGAAGGGCCCAAUGGGGAAGUGCGCUACACCUUCACCCAGACAUCGGAGCGAUCCCGGCAGCUCUUCCAGCUGAACCCGACCACCGGCGAGAUACGGGUCGCGGGCAACCUGGAUUUCGAGGAAGCGAAAAACCACAAGAUGGUGGUGAAAGCCACCGACGGCGGGGGACUGUCUGCGCACUGCAAAGUGCAGGUGGAGGUCCUGGACGUGAAUGACAACGCCCCGGAGACAGCGCUCACCUCCCUCACAGCCUCCAUUCCCGAGGACGCCCCGCCACGCACUGUGGUGGCUCUGUUCAGUGUGCGGGACCGGGACUCCGGCGACAACGGCAGGACAGAGUGCUCGAUGGACGAGGACUUGCCCUUCAGUCUCACCCCCACAUUUGAUAAUUACUACGAGCUGAGAACAAACGCGGCGCUGGACAGGGAGAGGACAGCGGAGUAUAACAUCACUAUCACAGCCGUGGACUGGGGCGCCAAGCGGCUGAGCUCCCAGGAAAGCAUCUUCGUCCAGAUCUCGGAUGUGAACGACAAUCCCCCAGAGUUCACUCAGGAGGUUUACACGAUGUCGGUCACGGAAAACAGCA